UCCCUUUCCCCCGUAACCAAACAUAGCCUAAGUGGUAGCGUAGCAUUUUCGUAUCAAUGAAGUGGAAGCAGCCAUUUUACAUCUGCAAAUUGGCCUCUGUUUUUAACCUCAAACCCUAACCGUUUUCUGCAUUUUUGUCUUCCUACUACACUAAUCACAACCCAAAACCCUCUAUUGCUUACAUACGAAUCACAACCCAAACAAAACCCUGAGAAAUUGGCCUCUGUUUUUAACCUCAAACCCUAACCGUUUUCUGCAUUUUUGUCUUCCUACUACACUAAUCACAACCCAAAACCCUCUAUUGCUUACAUACGAGUCACAACCCAAACAAAACCCCGAGAAAUUUCUAAUUGGAUAUACAAAUAUCCUAAAACAGCAGCUAAAGAUGUCAGACAUUCCGAUGGAUGUAGUCGCCGACAUACUCUCAAGGUUACCAGUGAAACCUCUUAUACGAUUCAGGUGCGUGUCUAAACCCUGGUAUGCCCUAAUCGACAGUUCUGGUUUCGUAAAAUUACAUCUCAAAAGAUCAAAAGAAACGAACACCAAUCGCAGCCUCAUUCUAAAAAGUGACAAACUCUACUCGGUAGACUUGGAUUCGCUCGAUCAUGCCGUUGAGCUUGGGCAUCCGUUCAACUAUAAGGGAUUUGACAUAGAUGUGUUGGGUUCUUGCGAUGGGUUGCUCUGUUUGUACGACCCAUUCUACUCAGCUCACUUCGUCUUGUGGAACCCGUCGACCCGAAAACUCCACAACUUACCGACCUCGCGGUUUGAGUUUUCAGGUAAUCCCUGCUCCCUCUCUGGUUUUUUAUUUGUUUACGGGUUUGGGUAUGACGCUGUCUAUGAUGACUACAAGGUGGUGAAGAUGGUACAGUAUUAUGGCAAAGAUGAUCAUCUUUUGGAUCGUGAACUUAAGGAUUUUAGAGAAGUUAAGGUUUAUAGUAUGAAAUCGAAUUCAUGGCGAAGGGUUAAAGAUUUCCCAUAUUACCUCUCGAAAUAUCAAAUAAGUGGUGUGUUCAUUAGUGGGGCUCUGCACUGGGUUGUGAAUCAAAGGUCAGAAUCACCAUCAUGUAUGGCUGCGCUGAUUGCUUCUUUUGAUAUUGGAUCUGAGGAAUACGGAUUGGUUCCAAUGCCUGAAUUUUCAGAUAAGAAUUUUUACAUGACUCUGAUUGACUUGGGAAUAUGCCUUUGUGUAUUUUGCGAAUACGUUAGCCAUGCUGAUGUAUGGGUGAUGAAGGAGUAUGGAGUAGAAGAAUCUUGGACUAAACUGCUUUCCAUUGCAAAAGGGGGUGAGAUUAUGUCAUUUCAUCAUCGAAUGCCUGUAGCAUAUUCAAAUAGCGGCAAGGAAGUAAUAUUGCGACAGGAUGGUGCAGAGCUUCUAUUGUACGACUUUGAAAAGGAAAAAGUAAAAAAGAUUAAGAUUCCCGGCCUUCCGAGGUUUGGAAGUACACAUUUAUGCUUGGGAAGCCUUGUUCCGCUGCAUGGUGUUGGUGCCCUUUGUGGUGUUGGUGGAAGUGAUGAGAAGAAUCAGCAAUCACAAAAGAAGAGUAAAAAGAAGGGUAGAAUGAGCUUGUGCUCUUGCCUAAAUUAUUUGAACUGUUAAACUAUCUUAUGUCAUAGCAGUUCACACAAGUAACUGGAAGAAGAAAUAGAGUGGGAGGGAGAAGUUGGACAGGUAAGUUAAUAGAUUUUGGCAGAAUGUUUUAUAGUAGUUUGUAGAGCUGAUUUUUUUAUUUUUUAUUUACUUUAACUUGCCUACAUUGGCUAGUUUUAAGCCUAAUGAUAUUAUAUCUUAUGGGUGAUUUUCUAAUUAUGUGAACAUAGAGAGAUUAAAUGCUUGAUGCUAAAGGGAGGAUGCAUAUGAGAUUAUCCAUUUUGUGCAAUAUUACUUAUUAAAUCUAAUCAAUCACAAUGCUCCCCAUAAGUAUCUAAUAUGAACUAUUGUGAUUCUCUCAAGAUUGAGCUGGAUCAAUGGGGCUGUACUUGGGCACAUUGCAAAGUUUGAGGAUGGAAGUAAAGAAAGAAAGAUAAUUGGAGAAUGUUUCUUAUGGUAUCAUAUAUGUUAUUUUUUGUUAAUCCAUGUAAUCUAAAGUUCAAUGUUUGAUUAUAAUAAGCGUAUGAAACAGUGUCAACCGACAAGUAAUAGGUUAUAGUUAUGUUAGAUUUUAUUUUAUGCAGUAUACAUGAAGGUUUGACAUUACUAUGUUUGAGUGUGUCUUGAAUUUCUUUUGUUGGAACUCAUGUUGAGGGGAUAUGAAUGCCUUUUUCUAUAUUGCUGAACUCUUCAUAAUGAAUAAUUCUUUGGUAAUAUUAAUAUGGCUAUAAAUUGAUAACUUUAAACUUAGCCGGGAUACAAGUAUCUCACCAUUGAACUUUUAGUGGACAAUGUUUUUUCAAAAUUUCCAUAAAUUCCUUUGAUAUCUAAGGGAUUGUUUAGUAAUGUUAAUGUUUAGUGCUUGUUGUUGCCAAAAGGCUGAAAAUGAUGAAGAUGUCUAUUAAACGUAAGUUGUGAAUUUGUUUACGUUGUCAAAUUCUGAAAAUAUGUUUAUAAAAUGUCCCAAAUUUGUAAAGACCAAAAAGUUCGUUACAAGACAAUUUUCAAAUAGUCAGCCCAUACCAGUUUUCUCAAAAAAUGUCUCUUUACAGUUCCCAAUAAUUCAUCUAAAACCCUAUAGCGUUUUUAUUUUCUUUCUCCUCAACAGUCCGUUAUAUAUCUCUCCUCAACCAUCCUCUUCUCUUGUGAUUUCAGACGCCCCAAAACCCUAGAUUGCUUGGGUGUUGUUAGUAUCACGAAUCAAGAUAGCAUGAAGCAAACAUUCAAGUUGCUAGGGAUUUUAUUCGUCGAGUGUGCAAAUUUUGUGGGCAGUGGUAAUCUUGAAUUUAAUGGUUAUUCUAGAGUGUAUUUGGCUUCUUCCAUUUGAGUUGGAUGGUUAAGAGUGAAGGUGGGCAUGGAAUAAUUAUCCUAUAUCUUAUUCUUACAGCAUUCUUUGAGAGGUUUUGUGCUUGCAUAUGAUGAAAAUAAUGAUAUCUGAUAUGGGUAAUUGCGAUUGAUAUACCAAUGAGGGAUCACAUAGUUUUGCUUUCUAUCAAACAUGUUUCCGGUUUUCUGGUUACAAAAUUUUUAAAUGCUGUUUCUAUUUUCCGAAAAUUAAUAGUUAAACACAAAGACUAAUACACAUCUACUAAGCAUUAAACAUGAAAAACAUAAAUGUUGCGAAGCAACCCCGAUAAUCUUCGUAACACCUUUCUGGUUAAAUGAAUAAUAAAUUAGUGCAUCUUAUAUUCUUUUCCCCAAAUUUUCAGUAGUAUAGUCAAAAGGACAACCAUAGCUAUAUUUUUCAGAAUUCAAGUUGAUUCAUUUUGCCCACACCCCUAACAGAAGGAAGAAAAACAUGAACUAAAAUUAUGUGAAUAAUCAUAUCAGGCAGAGUCUUAGUAGCUAUAAUAUCCAGGAUAUUUAUUGGCUGGAAUCUGUAUGGAUUUAUGAGGUGCUAGUGCUGGAAUAUUUUCGGACUGUUGUGAGUUUAAUGUAGGAGAAAGAUAAACUGGUGUUGAUCAGCCGCCAUCAGGAUAUUGUUGUUAAACUUGUUAUAUAAUGAAUUUAUGCUCCUGAGAACUACUUCUAGACUUACACUGCUUCUUUAAUGAGAUGAUCAAUUUUUAUUCAUCGAAAAAAUAGUAUAGAUAGUAUGGUCCUUUCUCUUAUAAUAUAAUAACAGAGGAAUCUGAACCUUAAAACUGGAUGGUAGCACUGAACGUGCAAAAACAGGGUGUGAUGUCAUGACUCUUUUAUUUUUUCCAUAUUUUCUGAAGUAAAAUAAUGUGGCAUUUUCUUUCUCUUUUCUUUUUAAUUGUCUCAUAAUUAACAGCUACGAUUUAUUAGGUGGAUGUCAGUUUGAUUGGGAGGCUAUCAUUGGAUUUUUGUUCACCCUUGCAAUUCUAGCUGCUACUUGUGUUUCAUUAACAUGUUGUUGGUUUAGGGAAGUGAUCUAAAUUUGAUAAGAUGUAAUGAAUUAUUAAGCAUACUAAAGAUUUUUGCCGCCAAUAUUAAACUGUAAAUGAUGUCUUGUAACCAAUAGUUUUAGGAGCUUGAGGCAUAUUACCCUUUUGGCUCUUAGUUUGUUCGAUUUGGCACAGAUGACUUCCAUAUGGUGGGUGAUUUCUGAUGUUAAAAUUAGUUUUGAAUUUUAGACUGCUAAGACAUAUCACUGAUGUGCAAUCAUCUAUAAUAUGGGUUUCAUAUAAAAUAUAGAUGACAUUUUAUGGGCUUGAGGUAGUUUUAUGUUUCUGGCCGAUUAGGCGACCAGGACCAAAUUCAAUUUUUUUAUUGAUCAAAAUUUUCUGGCUGAAACAUAUUGUGCAUUUUCGCAAUAAAAGUGGCAGUUCAUUAUUGUUUUUACGAUGGGUUGCUUUGUUUGUUUGACACACACUACACACCAGAAGACAUUGUCUUGUGGAACCGGAAAACAAAAUUACCAAAAUCACUGAUUGAGAUUUUGAGUAAAUCCUGCUAUUGCUGUAGGGAACACUUCUUCCGUGGCCAUGUCAUUGUUUAUGGGUUUGGGUAAGAUGUUGUCAACGAUGACUACAAGGUGGUGAGGAUGGUACAAUAUCAGGGCAAAGAUGAUUAUGCAUUUGAUUCUGAAGUUAAGGUUUAUAGGUGAAAUCGAAUUCAUGGUGAAGGGUUAAAGAUUUCCUUUAUCUCUGGUACUGGUGAGUGAAUGGCGUUUUCAUUGGUGGGGCUGUGCACUGGAUUGCGAAUGAAAGACCAGAAUCAUCAUAUAUUGCCCACCUGAUCGCCGCUUUUGAACUUGUAUCUCAGGAAUAUGGAUUGGUUCCGACGCCUGAAUUUUCAGAUAAGCAUUUUAGAAUGAAUGUGGAUGACUUGGUUCUGACGCCUGAAUUUUCAGAUUAGAAUGAAUGUGGAUGACUUGGGAGGACGCCUUUGUAUAUAUUGUGAUUAUUUUGACGGCCAUGUUGAUGAUGUAUGGGUGAUGAAGGAGUAUGGAGUAAAGGAAUCUUGGCUAAAUUGUUUUCCUCCUUUGCGCAAGGGACUGUGAUUAAGUCAUAUCGUUGUGUGAAGCCUAUAGCAUAUUCAAAGAAUGGUGGAGAAGUAAUUUUGGAACAGGACAAUACAAUGCUUAUUCGGUGCGACUUAAAGAAAGAAAAAGGCAAAAGGAUUAAGAUUCAUGGCUUUCCGUAUAUUCAAAGAACACAGAUGUGCUUGGGAAGCCUUGUUCUGCUUCAUGGUGUUGGUGGAAGUGACGAGAAGCAGCAGCAAUCACAAAAGAAGAUGAACAAAAAGAAGGAUAGAAAGAAGAGAUUCCUGAUAGAGCAGUCAGAAGAAGAAAUAGAGGAGGAGUUAAGUUGGAGAGGACUGAUCAGACGAGUACUUGGAGUGCUUGGGGAAUUUUAAUGGUUGUAUGUAAAGCUUGCAUGAGCAAGGCAAAGAUGCCAGAUACGCGGAGAAGCUGUGAAGAAGAAGAAGACACACGAGUGUGAUGAGCUUGACCAACUGGAGCAGAGAGGAAGUAAAGAUUGCCUUUCCAAAUACCUUUAGCGAGUAGGCGCCCGAUCAGAGAUCCUUCACAAGGACGUCGCUACACUAGUUAUGGAGAGGAUUUUGGCCCGACGGAAGAAGUCUUUUUCCUCCAUCGACGGGCGGAGCUAAUUAGAAUUAUCAUAUGUUAUUUGGUUAAUUAUCAUUACAUUAACUUUCAGCUUGUAAUUGCAUAACUAAUCAUAUUGUUUACUAUGGCUGACUAGUAAUUAGUUUCCAGAGAAAA